AUGCACGAUGAGUCAUCUGGGAGGCAAAAAUUAACGAUGACGACGCCCAAUCGACCUUUCGACCGAAGUCCAUCGGCACUUAUUCGUGACAAUAUUCAACAAUUGAAAGAAAAACGAGAUAAACUACAAAAUAAUGCUAAAGAGGCUGUUCGCCGGAUGCCGGAAGUGUUAACCGAACAAGAAUUGAAGCGUCUAAAAGAACAUAAAUAUGCAUCGGAAGGUAUUACAUUAUUCGAUCCAUUUAUGCAAGAAUUUUGGAAGUGGCUUGUGGAAUUUUGUCCAUUAUGGGUGGCACCAAAUUUACUGACUAUUGUCGGUUUAGCACUAAAUAUAGGAACAAGUGUUCUACUCAUGAUCGAAACAAAUGGUGCCAAAGAACAGUGUUCCUCCUGGAUUUAUUUUUUUACUGCAUUGGGCUUGUUCUUCUAUCAAUCACUUGACGCUAUUGACGGUAAACAAGCACGUCGAACGAACUCUCAGUCACCAUUAGGUGAACUUUUUGACCACGGUUGUGAUUCUGUAUCAGCUGUAUUUGUAACAAUUGCCUGUUGCUGUGCUGUACAACUUGGUGUUUAUCCAUGGCUUAUGUAUUUUUCGUGUAUGCUCUCGUUCUUUGCCUUCUACUGUGCCCAUUGGCAGACUUACGUUUCGGGCAAACUUGUAUUUGGAAAACUCGAUUGUACUGAAGCACAAUUCUCUUUUAUUACUGUGUAUAUGAUCAGUACAUUAUCACCAUCAUUUUGGUCGAAAUCGAUACCCUACUUACAGGUUGAGUAUCGCAUUCUAGUUGCCCUUUUAAUGAUUGGUUCGACAGUAUGGAGUUCGUUCAAUAACAUUCGUUUGGUAUCGCGAGGUGGCUGUGGACGAAAUUUUUCCUCGGUGGCUGGCACUAGCAUCAUAUUUCCCGCUUGGCCAAUUGGUUUACUUCUAUUUCUUGCUACUAUCGCUUCCAACUAUUCAACUUCUCAUGUUCUGGAAGAACAUACAUCUCUUCAUUUACUUUGUUAUGGCAUUGUCUUUUCCAAAAUUACUAAUCGUUUAAUUGUAGCACACAUGUCAAGAAGUUCAUUGAAUAAAUGGGAUACAGCCUAUAUUGGUCCACUAGCUGUCUGUAUUAAUCAAUAUUUCAAUUUAUUGAUUGAUGAACAUGUUUUUCUCUGGUUCUUUCUACUUUAUAGUUUAUACGAUCUACUUCGGUACAACGUCAAAGUUUGUCAAGAGCUUUGUGAUUUCUUAGGCAUUCACUGUUUUCGUAUCAAACCACCAACGGAACCAAUAAAGAACCCACAGCAUUAA